CACUCUAGUGGCACCAGUUAUUGCCUUUCCUUCCUUUGCUGGCCACUACACGUUGGGUGCUGAAUUAAAGUUAUUUGGAUAUGCACUUUUUAAAAUCCCUGCGAGUUACAAACUCCAGUGUUUUGGAUUUGGUCUUCAAAGACGCUGUCAAACGGACCGAACCGGCGUGUCACUUACUGAGCCUCAGAAAAGCACCCAGGAUAUUGUACACGAGUUCGGCGUCGCUGCACCAGUAUUACAACGAGCUCAGCCUGAAGGACAGGGAACAUGCACACCAACAGCUGCGUGCCUCUAAGAAGAGCCUGUUUCCAGAGCUGGAGGAUCUGCUGUUCUACACCAUCACAGAUGGGCAGGAACAGAUCUCUCUCCCAAAGUUCAUCACCGCAGUGAAAGGGACAGGCUUGUUGACCUCUGACCCUCGUCUGAGAGACUGCAUGGACCUCAUCCGCCAAUCAGUGCAGGACUCGGUAGGCGGAGUCAUGAUGGACCGAUACCUCUUCAGGAAGUGUGUGGGCAGUAACAUCGUUCUCCUGACUCAAGCUUUCCGGAAAAAGUUUGUCAUUCCCGAUUUCCAGACUUUCAGCAACCACAUCAACCAGCUGUACGACAGCGCCAGGAAACAGAACGCUGGGAAGGUUGCUGACUACAUUCCUCAGCUGGCUAAGUUCAGCCCUGACCUGUGGGGUGUUUCUCUGUGCACUGUGGACGGGCAAAGACACUCUGUGGGCGACACAAGACUCCCCUUCUGCCUGCAGUCCUGCGUGAAGCCACUAGAGUACGCUAUUGCAAUCCAUGAGUCUGGGACAGAGCGUGUGCACCGCUACGUGGGGAAGGAGCCCAGCGGACUGAAAUUCAACAAGCUGUUCCUGAACGACGAGGAUCGGCCUCAUAAUCCCAUGGUGAAUGCAGGGGCCAUUGUCAUCAGCUCCCUCAUAAAGCCAGGAGCCAACAAAGCUGAGAAAUUUGAUUAUGUAAUGGAGUUUCUCAACAAGAUGGCCGGUAAGGAAUACAUCGGAUUCAGCAACGCCACGUUUCAGUCGGAGAAAGAGACGGGAGACAGGAAUUUUGCCAUCGGAUACUACUUGAAAGAGAAGAAGUGUUUUCCCAGUGGGGCUGACAUGAUUGCUGCACUGGACUUUUACUUCCAGCUGUGCUCCAUCGAGGUGACGUGUGAGUCGGGCAGUGUGAUGGCCGCCACGCUGGCGAACGGAGGGAUCUGUCCAAUCACAGGAGAGCGGGUCCUUAGCGCCGAGGCGGUGCGCAACACCCUGAGUCUCAUGCACUCCUGUGGGAUGUAUGACUACUCGGGACAAUUCGCCUUCCACGUGGGUCUCCCUGCCAAGUCUGGUGUCUCGGGGGCGGUGCUCCUGGUGGUACCCAAUGUGAUGGGGGUGAUGUGCUGGUCGCCCCUUGUGGACAGAGUGGGGAACAGCGUGCGGGGAAUUCACUUCUGUCAGGAGCUGGUCUCUCUGUUUAAUUUCCACAACUAUGACAACCUGCAUCACUUCACCAAGAAACUGGACCCGCGUCGGCAGCCAGGCGAUGCCAGGAAUAAGUCUGUUGUGAAUUUGCUGUUUGCUGCUUACAGCGGGGAUGUGUCUGCUUUGAGAAGGUUUGCCCUUUCAGCGAUGGACAUGGAGCAGAAAGACUAUGAUUCCCGCACUGCCCUGCAUGUGGCGUCUUCAGAGGGUCAUGUGGAGGUCGUGCGGUUCUUGGUGGAGGAAUGCAAGGUCAACCCAUUCAUGAAAGACAGGUGGGAUAACAGCCCUCUGGAUGAUGCUGUGCAGUUUGGUCACCAGGAGGUUGUAAAGAUCCUGCAGGACUAUCAGACCAGCUUCGUUCUGGUGGAACCCGGUUCUGAGCUGGAGGACCUCAGCAAGCUUGAGACCCUGGAGAGCAUGGUGUGAGCUGGCUGGGGCCCGGCAGAGCCCUGACUCGAGAGCCCGGUGUCACUGUCUCAGGACACUGCCGUAACCAGCAGGAUUGUCAAGUACUCCCCUAGACACGAAACCAGGUGUUGGUCUAGAACCGUGUGUUUAUUAUUCCUGGGUUGUCCUUCGUCUAGAGCUCUUGUGUGAAAGUUCUAGCCUGUUAUCUUAAGAUAAGUUGUUUCUCACACUAGUAGGAGACUUUUUGGUAUGUGGAUAAUUUUGAAUUGUACCACGACCUGAGAAGUGAUAUCUUUCACAUGCUGCACAAUGAAAGUGUUCCAGAACACCCUUUAGUGUUUACAACAGACACACGCCUCACCAGCUCUGUCUCCUGAGCUGAACAUAUCGCUGAAAUAUCUUUUUCAACAUCAUGUCCAUUUAUGCAUUUAGGGAAAUGUGAUAUAGAUGCUCCAGUCUUUCUUAACAGUGGUCAUGUUAGCUCCAUGAGAAUCUCAUAUUCUUCCACUGUGAUACUCUGCACUGCGGAAAUCCACUGGGCUCAGAAACGCACACAGAGUACAUGUACUGAUUUGGACCAAUCAGAACACAUCAAAUAGUAAGAGUUCUAAAUAAAUAGAAAUGAAGCACGCAUUUUCUACGUAGGGGCUGGUCAUUCUACAGUGUGCCUCGUCAUGCCGACAUAUUCACAGCUUGCAAGAGUAGCCAAUCACCUGCAGAAUAACAUCCAGGAGGCAGUGUGGUCCAGAAGCUCUCCGUUUCAAAUCCCACCUCUGCCACUGACUGACUCACUGUGUGUGGCCCUGAGCAAGUCACUUCACCUCCUUGCGCUCCAUCCUGCGGAUGAGAUGUUAAAUCAAUGUCCUAUUGUAAGUGACUCUGCAUAUAAUGUGCAGUUCACUUCCUACCUCUGUAAAGUGCUUUGUGAUGGUGGUCCACUAUGAAAGGCGCUAUAUAAAGAUCUUAAUAAUAAUAAUAAUAAUAAUAAUAUCAUCUGUCAGACAUGAAAGUCAACAAUAAGGAUAGAUUUGCUGAGUGCUGCUGAUUUUCGGGUUACCAGGCGUCUCAGGGAGACUUUUACAUGACAUUUUCCCGGUUUUGCUCUUGUCGUUUUUUUCGAGUCCCGUAGAAACCUAUAGCAGUGUGAUCAGCAAGUGAACAGUGAGGAAUGUCUUGGGUUGUGUUAACGCCAUUCGAAAAUAAGAGAAACAAGCUCCUGGAUGAUGUGUUUCACAAUCUGUUUCGCUUCCUGGACCAGCUCUGUGUCUUUAUGUUUUACUGUUUUAUCUCUGCUCUGCCGUGCCGCCAGCAGGGGUGGCUUUUUCAGUUAGUCAUGUUGAAAUGGUACGAACAGCAGAGCCACGUUUUCUAACAUGUUUUGUUCAGAUGACAAUAAAAAGAGAACAAUGAAUUAUUACGAUCUGCAGUAAUCACGCCCGGUGUUUCACUUUUAAAUACGAUUCAGUUAUAGACAGUUAUUUUAACUGCUUCGUGAGUGACUGAAUUGAAGAAAAAAAAAAUAUCCAGAUUUUUCAAUCUGGAAGUCUGGUAACCCUCUGUAGACUUCCACAUACUAUUUAAAUUAAUUGGUUCUUAUUUCAUCUUCAGUGAUCUGAUUGGCCAAAUUAGAAUUACAACACAUACUAAAUUCUAAUUAGUACAUGUACUAAAUAAUGCGUUUUUGAGCCGAAUGGCCUUCCAUAGAGAUGUACCUGCUGACCGUCUCCCCAUGCCAGCCAGCGUGAAGGAACAGAACACCUGGCCACAUUUUGUCUGGAUACAAACGCCAGACAUUUUCAUGGUGUCUGCUGAUUCACAACCAAGAUCUGAUAAAUCCAUUUGUUUGGUUUCAUUCUUCUGUAGAUUUAUGACCCAGGGUAUACGAUUAAAAUGGUUAAUAUGUAGAAAAAGAUAUUUCAGAAACACAUACUGUGUAGCACAGACAGCAGUUGUAAUGUAAACACUGUAACACAUUAAUAUUCUGUGCUUGGCCUCUAUUUAAAGUGCUUUAAACACAGAGUUCAAAUAAUUGCAGUGAAUCUUACUGACAUCAUUGGAUCCCUAUGUAUGAGGUGCCAAUUUAUUUGAAGCAGUUAGUGGAGAAAAUGUAUCGAUCUCUCCUUAAUAUUUUGAGUGAUGCUGAUGCAUAGUUAGGUAAGAUAUUCAGGAAAUAUUUUCUUAGCUCCAUAUAUUUAAGUGCACAGAGGUAACAAAGCAUUGUCAGUAAAUGUAAUAUGUAUUACCAUCAAUGCGUAGAUCUUACAUUUUGCUAUGUGAGACACAUUAUGUUAUACGGUUAUUUGAUUUUGAAUGGUAAGCAGAGGCAGGACUCCUCUGGGGAAGCUGCCUCUCAGAGGAUCUCUCCUCCAAUCAGAGGAUUUCUCUUCCAAUGAGAGGAUCUUUCCUCCAGUGAGAGGAUCUCUCCUCCAAUGAGAGGAUCUCUCCUCCAAUGAGAGGAUCCCUCCUCCAAUCAGAGGAUCUCUUCUCCAGUGAAAGGAUCUCUCCAAUCAGAAUGGCAUUCUGUCAUCUUCUGAUAGAUUCUAUACUGGAAUUCUCAUGAGCUUAAUUCCUCAGACUGACUGUGUGUAAUAUAUAGCUUUGAUAGUGUGUAUGGGAAGAAACUGUGUCCCAUGUAUUUAUUUUUCUAAAUGUCGUAUACCAAAGAUGUGUGUGUUGUUCCAUUUGAGAUACUCUGAUUGUUCAGCUUCAGACUAAUCAUAACAGCUGUACACUCCCCUCAAUUGGGACAAAUUAUAUAUAUAUAUAUAUAUAUAUAUAUAUAUAUAUAUAUAGAUAUAUAUAUAGAUAUAUAUAUAGAUAUAUAUAUAGAUAUAUAUAGAUAUAUAAUUUGUAUGCAUUUUUCCUGAAACACUAUUUAAAUUCAAGAAAAUUCUGCAACAGUGAAAUAAAUUUCAGCAAUAUACAAAUGAAUUACUAGUGUGAGAAACCAUUAAAACUAGACAAAUUCAUCCAAUCAUUUACAACUAAUUAUAACCAAUUCAGUGGCUACCUGUAAUUAAGUUGAGGGUGUAUUUUCUUUGUCACUCUUCCUAUGACAGACUAGUACACUCUCAGCUUGAUAAGAGUUAGCCACUGAACACUUCUAAACACAUAUUUAAGUGUGUAUAAGACUGCCCUGCAAGGACCUGGUGUGGGCGUGUUCUCCUGCUAUACCCCUGGAGAUGCCUUCCAACACCUUGUGGAGUCUGUGCCAAAUCAGGGCAAGCAGUGGUACAGGGCCUCUAAUGAAGAGGCCAGCCAUUGUGUGUUUGAAGAAGGGGUGAUUAUCUACUCAGCGGAGGGGAAUGUACGUUCUAAAGCACUAUUUCACAAACUGUUUUUCUGAGCUUUAACUGUUGUUUUAACUUCUGUUGCACAAAAACUAAUUGCAAGUGAUGUGUGUGUUUAUAUGAAAGUAUAUUAUAUAAGGAUUUUAUGUAAAUAAAGGUGAACAGCUUGAUUUAUGUUUUUGGUCUUGUGUUAAUUCUGAAUAUUAUUCUGGGUGGGUUUUGGUUUUGAUAAACGCUAAAUGGUUUCAAGGUUUCUUGUUUGUGUUGCUGUGCCCUUCCUGUGUCCUGCUGUUUGCAAUCCUAGUGGCUCUGAGUGCCAGUACUCCCGCGCUGUGGUUUGAAAUGUGUGUGAAGAUGCUUUCACCAGACUGCAGGAGCUGCUCUUCCACUCCAUGGAUACAUGUAAUACACAGAGGGCUUCAACUUUUCCAUUUUUAUUUUCCAAAGCUCUCCCUCCCUUUACAUCUUAAUUAGUUGUCGUUAAGCUGUCUCUGCUUCCUAAUA